GUGGCACUGAGGGCACGUGUGGGGCACUGGAGCUGUCUGUCCCUUAGAAUAACCCCCAGUGCCUUUGGGGAUGUACUGCUAGGGAUAUUUAUUUCCAUUUUCCAGAACUGGGUUUUAAAUUUCUGUACGUCUUUUCUAGUAUCUGAGUGAUGCAGAGCAAUUGAAAUGAGUGGCAACCUGAAUGUUCGCUGUAAGCAAUGGAAGAGAACAGAACGGGGUCGAUUGCUUCACCCUUAGAAACCAUGCAUUUGGUUUUGGACCUUGCAUCUGAGUUCCUUGGGAGAGAAAAGAAUGAAUAUGGUCAACAACACAGUUCUAGGAGCCGGAGCCCUUCUGCCCACUUGGAAGUGCAACUGGUAUGGGUAAUGGUGUGAGAGAAGGUCAAGUGGAUUUCAAAGGGCAGGAUGUGGAGCCAACUGCAUCAGCUCAUCUUCCAGCAGAGGGUAUUCAGGAGCAGAAGAAAGUGCUUAACUCCCUGAUGUCCGGUGCACUGGCUGGUGCUGUUGCCAAAACUGCAGUAGCUCCACUGGAUAGGACAAAAAUCAUGUUUCAGGUGUCUUCAAAAAGAUUUUCUGCCAAGGAAGCCUACAGGCUGAUUUAUCACACCUACCUCAACGAGGGCUUCUGGAGCCUCUGGCGGGGGAACUCGGCCACCAUGGUGCGCGUGAUCCCUUAUGCUGCCAUUCAGUUCUGUGCACACGAGGAGUACAAGCAGCUCCUGGGGAGCUACUACGGCUUCCAGGGAAAAGCGCUGACACCCUUUCCUCGAUUCAUUGCUGGCUCUCUGGCAGGCACAACGGCUGCCAUGUUAACCUACCCCUUGGAUAUGGUCCGUGCUCGAAUGGCUGUCACGCCGAAGGAGAUGUACAGCAAUAUUGUUCAUGUCUUCAUCCGAAUAUCCCGAGAGGAAGGAUUGAAAACACUGUAUAGGGGAUUUACACCAACCAUCCUUGGAGUGAUUCCGUAUGCUGGGCUUAGCUUUUUCACCUAUGAGACACUGAAGAAACUGCAUGCAGAUCACAGUGGGAAAUCGCAGCCAUCCCCUCCGGAGCGGCUUUUGUUCGGUGCCUGUGCAGGUUUGAUCGGCCAGUCGGCAUCUUACCCCCUGGAUGUGGUUCGCAGGCGAAUGCAGACGGCGGGGGUGAUGGGACACACGUACAGCUCCAUCCUUCUCACCAUGCAGGAGAUUAUAAGAGAAGAGGGACUAAUCCGUGGUUUGUACAAAGGACUCAGCAUGAAUUGGGUCAAAGGUCCGAUUGCAGUGGGAAUAAGCUUCACAACCUUUGACCUGACGCAGAUCCUUCUCCGUAAAUUACAGCACAGCACUAAUGUUGAAAGGAACUGAGCACUUGUGCUUCCACUUGGUGGACGUGGCGGGCAGCCUCCUGCAGUUUAGUGUGUGUGUUGAUGCCAGAAGACGGGGAUCGAUCCGACUGUAAUGCUUGUGGAUGGGCAGGCUGUGAACCUCAGUGAUUUCUGCCUCUGAGCCCACCAGCGAUGAUUUCCGUUGUGAAACUUGACUGCAGUCACCAUCUCACCUUGUAACUAAAUGUUAGGUGUCGCCGUAAGAGUCGUUAGAGAUGAUAGCCAUGAGUUCUCUGUCUUUUUACUCCCUUGCUAAUGGAAGACGAUCGGCCGUUUUCUUCACUGGGUGAAACGUUCAGUCCUUUGCAAGAGCUCUGAUUUCUUUUCUCCAAUGGAGAAGCCAAUUAGUUCUGCUCUUGCUUCGGUCUCGCUUGGCCUGGUGAGGAAGUGCUGGGGCAUCUCAGCAGGAAUGAGGCACAGACCAGCAAUGAAGAGUGUAAGCAGUGGCUGUUGUAGGUGUGUGCUUGCAUAUCCCGCCAUGUAUACAACCCGCACUGAGUUCUGCUCAGCUUGGAGGCUGCUGGUUCAGAGCGCAGUCCUUUGCACAGAUGACUUCUGUAGUGACAGCAGAGGAUGCUGAGCUGUGCCUUCCGAGCUCAGACAGGCUCCUGUGCUCUGCACUGUGGUAGGUGGUUGGGGCAGACGCUGCAGUUCUUGUCUUAUGAGGCAGGGCACCUCCUGCUGUGCUGGGUGUGCAGCUGGAGUGUUGGUGAAUGGAAAUCCUAUGGAGGGGGGGGUUUGUGGCACCUCGCAGCCUGGCUGGAGCCUGAGGGCUGAGCUGAGGAUGGAGACCUGAAGCACAGCCUGGCUUGGAAGUGCUGAGCUGAGGGAAGUUGUUCCUUCAUUAGCAGCUACACCUGAUUUUAAUUCAGUGAGCUGUCAGCCAAACACAUUUCUCCAAGUUCUGCAGGCUGAGAGCUUAUUCAGAGAGAGAUCUGAGUUCAGUCUGUAAUUGUUUUGGUGCUUUUAUUUCUUGGGCGAGAGAAUAACUGUGUCACUGCUUUGGGCUGUUUUGAAUAGCUCUUUCUUUUUCCUUGGUUUGAAUGUACGAGAGGAGAAACGGAGUGUUCUCUUCCCUUCUCUUAAUCUUUGCUUGAAUUGCGAUACGUUCCAGGUCUCUGUGCUGCCCGGAAUGAAUGCCUGAGGAGCUCUGGGCACACAUUGGGAAGGGGAGGUGCCAGCCAAGAUCCAUUCCUUCAGCUCUGAGAGAGAAAAGCCUAACAGGAAUAUCCUCCGGUUCUUCUUUUCUUUAAAACUAAUUUACUACCCCACGUUCAAUUCCUUGCUUUAAUUUUCAAGCCAUGAAUCUUACUUCUCUCGAAUGCAUUACUGCCAAACGUUCACCUGUGCUUUUAUUAUUUUUUUUCCUCGUCUUUUCUUCCUGCUUCUGCACCUUUAGUUCUGCACUUGCACUUCGUGAAAAUCAGGUCCAGUGAAAUGCAUCUAAAGUGACAAAACUGGAGCUUUGGUAGGGAUCCCCGAGACAGUCCUGCUCACAGGCAAGGAGAGUUCUGCACAGGGCAGGAAGGGAAAGGCGUGAGGUAAUGGGGCAGAAGGUUUGGGGAAGAUUCUUGUGUUCCUUGCCCAGCCUCUCGCCUUUCCUUGGCUCACUGCAAGGCGCUGCUGCUCACCAGCUCCUCUUUGGGCACCUCCACGCAGUGCUGUGCUCUGUGCAAGCAAUGUGGGGAGAGCUGAUGCUGCAGGCAAGGAUAGCAGGGGCAUAAAGUCACUGAAAGGCACAGGAUGAGCAUUAUCCAGCCCUUUUCUCCUGGGCUGGUGCAGAGGAGGAGGUCUGGAGCUGUGCUGCACGACAGCCUUUGCUAUGGCAGGGCUGGUGCUUCCCACUGCUCUGCACGCCGUGUGAUGGAUGCAGGGUGUCCCAGCACUGCUUGCUGCCUGUGUGGUCUAUGCAUAUAUUAACACAAACACUGUUAACUGCCUUUUGUCCAGACGUGUCCUCACCAUCGGUGUGUGUGCGUGCGUCGAUUUCUGACUGCUUUUCUUGGAUCUGGAAUUCUAUUUUAUUGCAGUGAAGACACUUUGGUAUAUAAUGUUUAUAUAUUUUAAGAUUUGUGCCAAGAGAGGAUGUAUAUUUAAUAAAAAAUUUAAUUGACUUUG